CACGAGUCUGGUAGAGAGCGUGAGAUUGAGGGAGAGGGAGCGACACUAUGAAGACUAUACUUUCUUCAGAGACGAUGGACAUCCCGGAAGGGGUGAAAAUCAAGGUGCACGCAAAGCAAAUUGAGGUCGAGGGUCCUAGAGGCAAGCUCUCCCGGAACUUCAAGCACCUUAAUCUCGAUUUCCAGCUCAUUAAAGAUGAGGAAACCGGAAAGCUCAAGCUUAAGGUGGACGCCUGGUUCGGAUCACGGAAGAGCACCGCUGCAAUCCGCACCGCCCUCAGCCACGUCGACAACCUCAUUACCGGUGUUACGAAGGGCUUCCGCUACAAGAUGCGCUUUGUCUACGCUCACUUUCCCAUUAACGCCUCUAUCACCAACGCUAACAAGGCCAUUGAGAUCCGUAACUUCCUUGGCGAGAAGAAGGUUAGAAAGGUGGACAUGCUUGAUGGGGUUACAGUUCUUCGUUCUGAGAAAGUAAAGGAUGAAUUGGUUUUGGAUGGUAAUGACAUUGAGCUUGUGUCACGGUCAUGUGCACUCAUUAACCAGAAAUGCCAUGUCAAGAAGAAGGAUAUCAGGAAGUUCCUUGAUGGUAUCUACGUCAGUGAGAAAGGCAAAAUUGAAGAGGAAAACUAAGCCACUCCUAGUCUUCCAAAUUUUCCAUUAAACUUCUCAUUUUGAAUAUUUUCUUGUUGCUUUAUAGACUUGUCAUGGAUUUAUCCAAAGAUUUUGGGGUUUCAAGCAAUGAUGUGUACUAUUUAUUUAGUUUUUCAUUUUGUGUGGUUAAUUAAAUCUUACGUAGUACUAGUAAUGGUGUUGACUUGGUUUUGUCGUAAUUUGUACAAGUGUACAGCUUAUGGUCGACCACUCAGUACCUUGUCCGGAUUGAUUUCUAUACAAUCAGACCGCAAUGGUACAUUGUUUUACAGCGAAGGGUUGUGUUACUUUUGGAUCAUUAGUUCACAGGGGUUAAGUCUGUCUGAGACAUGACUUGGACUUUUAUAAAACACAUAAAAGUUGGACAUUUAUUGGAUUAGACCAAAUCAGAAAAUUUCAAUCUAAGUAAAACAUCUCAAUUAUAGGUUAAUCUCACGUUAAUCUGAUUUAACCUAGGGUUAUUCACCCUCGGUGUCCUGAAAGAUUGCCUGAAAUAGCACCUUUCUUUCUUCUAAUAAGCGCUGGCUACUGUAUCUGUAGUUAAGGAUUCUGAACUCUAAAGCCAGGAAAGUUUCAACAGUUGAAAAGUAUUUUCUCCUCCUAAAUUGUCACUGUUAAACACUUCAAUGAGAGCUGAUCUUUUU